AUGAUUGUGCUACUCCCGCUGCUUGGAUUGCUGGCUUUGCUUCCACGCCGUGGAAAAUCGCACUUCACCAGUCCGGUAGUAUUGCCUUCACGUACGUUUAACACUUUCCCGACAAUUGCAAGCAGUAGGAGAUCGCUUGGCUCACACUCAACAGCGCAAGGCUAUGGCGCCGGGAACUGGUCACAGGCAUACGACAAAGCCCGUACGAUGGUCGGUAAGAUGACGCUCGAGGAGAUGAACAAUCUGACUGUUGGUCAAUCCACUGAGCAUACCGGCUGCGUUGGCUUGUCUGGAUCUGCACCUCGAGUUGGCUUUCCCGGAAUGUGCCUUCACGACGCAGGAAAUGGUGUCCGAGAUACUGAUGGAGUCAAUGCAUAUGCAUCAGCCGUCCACAUUGGCGCAUCUUGGAAUUCGACCCUUGCGUACCAGCGUGCUAGAUUCAUGGGCGCAGAAUUCAAGCGCAAAGGUGUGAAUGUUGCCCUGGGACCUGUCGUCGGACCAAUCGGUCGGAUCGCUCAAGGAGGCAGGAAUUGGGAAGGCUUUGGUGCAGAUGCGUAUCUCGAUGGCAUCUUGGGAGCGCAGUCAGUACGAGGCCUCCAGGAAAGUGUCAUCGCGAGCAUCAAACACUGGAUCGCCAACGAACAAGAGACGAAUCGCAACCCGAUCGAGGAUGAUGACGGCACGAUUCUCAGCUCGAGCUCGAACCUGGACGACCGUACCAUGCACGAGCUGUACAUGUGGCCUUUUCAAGAUGCACUGUACGCGGGCGUCGGCUCUGUCAUGUGUUCGUACAACCGCAUCAACGGGACAUAUGCUUGCGAAAACAGCAAAGCCAUGAACAGUCUGCUCAAAGGAGAGCUCAACUUCCAAGGCUUCGUGGUGUCCGAUUGGGUGGCUCAGCAUUCUGGGAUCGAGUCAGCGAAUGGCGGGCUUGAUAUGGCCAUGCCUCUGUCCAGCUACUGGGAUGAUGACCAGCUUGCAAAGGCUGUGCAAGGCAACGAGCUGAAUGAAACCCGAUUGACGGACAUGGCAACUCGUAUUAUCGCCACAUGGUACCAAUUUGGGCAAGACGAUUCCGACUUUCCGGCCACUGGAGUUGGCAUGCCACCAGAUCUCCUUCAGCCACAUGAAUACGUCGAUGCGAAGGACCCUGCGUCAAAGAGCUCGCUACUCCAGCAGGCGGUCGAAGGUCAUGUGCUGGUGAAGAAUAAAGCCAAUGCGCUUCCGUUGGGCAGGCUGCGAAUCAUGUCAAUCUUUGGCUACGAUGCAAAUAUCGGACUACAACAACCGCAGUCGCAGGAGAUCGGCUCAAACGAACCUUUGACAAAUGCUCCUCAGACAGCACUUGGAACUCUCAUCGUCGGCGGUGGAUCCGGAUCGAACUCGCCUGCAUACAUCAGUGCGCCGUACGAUGCUCUUCAGAACAGGGCAUAUCAGGAUGACACAUCAAUCUACUACGACUUCCACUCCUCAGCUCCAGGGGUCGUUGCCGGAUCUGAUGCUUGCUUGGUAUUCAUCAACGAGUAUGCCUCCGAGGCGUGGGAUAGACCGGGUCUUGCUGAUGAAGAGUCCGACGAGCUGGUCAAAAAUGUUGCAGCUCAGUGUAACAACACCAUCGUGGUCAUACACAAUGCCGGGAUACGACUUGUGGAUGCCUGGAUCGAUAACGACAAUGUCACAGCUGUGAUGUUCGGUCAUCUCCCUGGACAGGAUAGCGGACGUUCGGUUGUACAAAUACUUUACGGCGAGGUCAGCCCUUCCGGACGACUACCAUAUACCGUUGCAAAAUCACCUUCCGAUUACGGGAAAUUGCAAGGUCCUUGCAAAGACGACUCCCAAUCUCCGCAGUGCGACUUUGAUGAAGGAGUGAACAUCGACUAUCGCGGCUUCCUGGCUCGCGGCGUGACUCCAAGAUUCGAAUUUGGGUACGGCCUGACGUAUACCACAUUCGAGUACUCUGGCUUGAACAUCGACAUGAACGCAACUUCGACAGCUGGAGCACCGAGCACCGCACCCGUGUAUGAGAAUGACACCACCAACCAGAACGUCGAUAGAAACGAUGUCGGUCCUGGUGGUCUGCAGUCUUUGUUUGACAAAGUUGGUCUCGUCAGCGCCGUUGUAAAGAAUACUGGAUCAGUCGCCGCAGCGGAAGUGGCACAGCUGUACAUCCAAAUUCCUGUGCCAAAGGCUGAUCAAGGCAACAACGCAAACACACGUACCUUGCGCGGCUUCCAAAAAGUCUACAUCGAGCCAGGAGAAUCCGCGAAAGUCAACUUCAGCCUUCGUCGUAAGGACAUUUCGUAUUGGAACACGCAGAACCAAACUUGGACCACGCCUUCGGGAGAGUACGAGGUAUAUGUUGGGAAGAGCGUCUUGGACUUGCCGCUCAACGGCAGCUUUUCGCUGUAUUGA